AUGAGAGAAGCAAUGGAGGACGGUAUCAGUGAAAUGCUGUCCAGUGUGGUGGAGGACGUCAGUCUCGGGGUCAACAGAAACAUUUUUGGUGCUGAAGUUCUGCAUGAACUGCUGAGUGCACCGUGGCUGCACGCUCUGCUGAAGAUUUAUGAGUGCCUGUUGCAGUUCGAGAGGUCCACACCCACACCCCUUCUGCCUUAUGCCUCAGGACUCUCACAUGAGAUCAUGGCUACAAUAGAAAAGGUCCACCGUCCCUCCGCUGAAGCCAGAGAGCUCUACAGCCUCCUCAGCUCACCACACAUGCAGGCCCUCCUAUCAUCUCACGACAGUGUAGCCCAGUCAGACUAUGGACCCGUUUUACCGCCUCUGCCUGAUGAGAUGCCCGAUGGCGAGGAGGCCAUGAGGAUCGUGUGUCUGGUGAAGAACAACCAGCCGCUGGGGGCGACCAUUAGGAGGGACGAGGAAACGGGAGAGAUCUACAUCGCCAGGGUCAUUCAUGGAGGACUGGCUGACCGCAGCGGACUCCUCCAUCCUGGUGAUCUGUUAGUGGAGGUAAACGGAAACCCUGUGGUGGGUAUGGAGCCAGGACAGGUCAUCCAGAUACUGAUCAAUUCCCAGGGAACAAUCCUGUUCAAAGUCAUUCCUGAUCAAGCUCAGAGCAGCAGCAGACAGAAGUCGGUGUACAUGAGGGCGUUGGUGGACUACUCCCCCUUGCAGGACUCCUCCAUCCCCUGUCCCGAUGCAGGGAUGGCGUUCAGCCGAGGAGACCUGCUGGAGGUGGUCGACCAGUCGGACGGACGCUGGUGGCAGGCCAGGAAGCUGCCCUGCGCUGCAUCCUGCGCUGGUUUGAUUCCCUCUGCCAGCAUGCUGAAGAGUAAACAAAGGGAACAGUGGUGGUGUCAGCCAUUGGAGGUCCAUACCUGCAUCAGACCCUGUAAGCACUCAUCAUUAUUGACUCAGGACGAUAACGCCGGUUUCCGGCAGAGUUUCCGUCUCUGGAGGAGAACGUCCGUCAGGAGGAGACGACAGUCCUGCACCUCCUGCUCACCCAACAGCAGUGCCCUUUCCACCCCCUACGAGGAGGUGGCUUUGUACCAGCGCCCCCCGCAGGAGAACCACCGCCUCAUCAUCAUCAUAGGUGCUACAAGAGUUGGAGUGAAUGAGCUCAGGAAAAGACUCAUCAAACUGAACCCUUCAACCUUCCAGGGACCCGUACCUCACACCACUCGUCCAAUCAGAGCAGGGGAGCAGACAGGACGAGAGUACCACUUUGUCACCAAAGAGCUGUUUGAGUACAUGGUUUGUAACCACAGGUUUGUGGAUUAUGGGGAGCAGAAGGGCCACCUGUAUGGGACUAGCAUUGAUGCUAUUGAUGAGGUGCUAAAACGAGGACGGAUGUGCAUCCUCGAUGUGGAACCACAUAGCAUCCAGCCGCUGAGGACGAGGAAACUGAAGCCGUACGUGAUCUUCAUCAAAGCUCCCGGUCCAGACAGACUGAGACAUACGCGGAGAGACGCUCGAGUCCUCACCAACUACUCCGUCAACAGAGCGUUCACAGAGGACGACUUUGUGGAGCUGGAGGAGGCGUCCCGGCUGAUGGAGGCCAAGUACAAACAGUUAUUCGACCGCACGUUGGUGAACGACGACCUGCAGCACGCCUGCAUGCAGCUCUGCUCCAUCAUCCAGGAGGCACAGGACGAACCACAGUGGAUACCUGUCAGCUGGAGUCGAACGGAGGAGUAA